AUGGAGGUGGUGGAGGAAUAUACUCUGGUGAAGCAGACGAAUGACUUCCUGGUUGUAGGGGUGGCGCAGCAGAAGAAGUCACAAAAGGUAUUCCAACUCUCUCUAAUUGCGUUUACUCCUUCCCAUUGUACUCUUUCAUCGUCGUUGUUACGCCUCCCAAAUAUCACCGUCUCAUUGGGUGUCUUGUUUUCUCUUCCUCUUCUAGAAAAUGUACUCCAAUUCUCUCUAAUUGCGUUUACUCCUCCUCACUCCUUUGUCGCCGUCGUUGUGCCUCCUAAGUAUCACCGUCUUAUUGGGUGUUCCAUUUUCUUCUUCUGUCAGGCCGUCACAGUCUUCGAAGAUAUUAUUAACUCUCAUGAGAUUAAAGUAAUAACAUUUGGUAUCAGCAGGGUUUUGAAGGGAGUAAUGGCUUCUCCAAUGGGGUCAUCAUCAACGGCUGGUGGUGCUACUGAUGGUACUGAUGAUGAGGGGCAAAAUCGUCCUCAAAAUUCUCGAAGGUUUUACCAUCGUCACACUCCCCAUCAGAUAGCAAAGCUUGAGGAAGCGUUCAACGCAUGUGCACAUCCAAAUGAUAGCAUGCGGCGACAACUAGGCACAGAACUAGGGCUUGAACCCAGACAAGUCAAAUUUUGGUUUCAGAAUAGGAGGACCCAAGCAAAGGCUCAAGCUGAUAGAUCAAAUAACUGUGCUCUUCGGCGAGAGAAUGAGAGAAUGAUGGCAGAAAACUUGAUGUUCAGAGAGUCCUUGAAGAAUGUAGUUUGCGUAACUUGUGGUGGUCCAACCGUAACGGAGGAUGAUUGCCAAAUUCGCUUGGAACAAUUCAAGUUGGAAAAUGAUUUUCUUGUGCAAGAGGCUAGUACUUCUAAUUAG